AUGGAUAAUUACCCUAAUGUGUUAGAACGGGUCAAAGGAGAAAUAGAGGCAACGGGUCGUGGAAAGUCGAGGAGUAUCCAUCGCAAAGAGACUCAUGGAACAAGUAACGACAUUGAUCAGAAUACCUCAGUUGGCGAUGUGAGAAGCUCUGGUUUCUUUGAACGAGUCAAAUAAGAUAUUGAAGCCAUCGUUAGUGCUGUUAAUCCAAAGCAUUCUUCCAAGACGUGA